UCAUUUGUAGUUGAAUACAGACUGGUCACAUUUCUGCACAUUGGAUAGAGCCAUUUGGGCACAGAGAUAUAGGAUACAGACUGGCAGGAAUCCAAGUCAUGAUCAGUUGGACCAUUGGCCAGGUAUUGGUUCUGUACAGGUGUAGAGACAAUUCUAUCUGGUAACUGAUGAUACUCCAUCUGCUGACUUCUCAUUGGCUGCAGUCUUUGUCAGUUCUGAUAACAUCAAUUCCUGAGUGUUAUAUUUCUCCAGACUGCAAACAUGAAGGGAAGCUGGGCAGUGCUCCUGCUCUGUAUCUGUGUGUGCUACUCAGUUACAGGUAUUGUAUAUAUUUAUAUCUUAUUAUAAUAUUAGCAGGGAACAUUUCUGUGGUGAAUGGAUGAAUAACAUCAGCAUAUUUACAUACAGCUGUGCAACUUAAAUUCAUUAUAAUUAAAUCAUGUAAUAUUUCUUGUUUACCUGUCAUUUAUUGCAUGUCAAUCCACAGAUCAAACAUUAUGUUGUAGGGUAUAGUAGACAGUAAAAUAAUAAUAUUAACUAGAAAAGCUACAAUUUCUGGGGAAAUUGUGUGGUGUUCGUGCUUCCACCAGUAGUCUAAAACUGGAGUGGGCGGAGUAACUGUUAUUAUUUAUUUAUAUAGCACAUUUAAUUGCAACGUUGAUGCCCAAAGUGCUUCACAGUUACAUUAAAAAAUACAUUUAUAAAAACAUUAGCAGGUGUACAAAAGGCCCUGUCUAUGAUAUCACUUGCUGCUCCAGCCUGGCACAGGUCAGAGUAUUUUGGUAUUUUAUAAAUCCUACAGCGAAGAGCUUUACAUUGUGAGAAUCACAAGACUCAGACCUACAUUUUGAUGCAUAGUAUGUCUCUGAAGUAUUAAAAAUGAAGGCACAGUCGCAGUUUAGAAAUUGCCCUUCAAAUUUGAGCUGGCUAGUAUGGAGUUUCAAAGAAUGUCAAUGGACGGUGUGAGUUGCAAACAAAUGGUCAUAUUGUGUAAACUAGCAGGACUAUGGUUUAGCUGUGGACAUUUUCAGUGGCAGCAGGGAUAGCUGAACGUUUUGAUAUAUGAUUUGUGUAGGUGGGCUUGAAAAUAAGGGGGAGUGAUGGCAGUUUAGAAAUCAUGUCCUGAUUUUUCAGCUUUUGCCAGCUCCCACUCUAGUUUUGAACAUUUUGCCAUUCAUUCCUAUGGGACCAAUUUCACCACAAGACAGACGAUAUUCUGUGAACCAUUUGGCGAAACGUUCCACAAAGUAAUAGCAAUCUAAUCGGGAACAAUUUGCACGUUUUGGUAAAUUACUGUCUAUGUAGUGUAAAAACUGUGGGGGGAGUUAGGGUGGUAAAUUUGGCUAUAAUAAGAAUAAGAAUAAUAUAUAUGUGAGAUAACCUUAAGUGGUCUUGCUAUGCAAGAACACUUAAUAAUAAUAAUAUGUUUGCUUAAUAUUAAUGCCAAUUAACAAAAAUGUAUUGCAUGGAAAUAACUUUCACCUUACACAUGUAUUUAUAAAUGGCCAGUAAACAUAAUGUAUACAUUGAUUUAACCCUCUUUAAAAAGAACAUGUGUGGCGAAACCGGCCUCGCCACGUGUCCUUGGAGGGGGCUGCUUGCCCGCCUCUUGCCUUUGGACUAUGGACCAGACUUUAUGUGAAUGUGUUAACCCAGAUAGCUAUGCCAUGGAGCCCAUUCGUGUAGUUAAAGACUUCAGCUCCAUGGCAAUUGAACUGUGUGAAUAGGAUCUGAGCGCUAUUCGGUAGUUUUGUGCGCUCAGAUCCCAGCUAUCUGGGGAUAUGUGAAAUGUCUGUGUCUUAUGUGUAAAAGGUGACUUUAUGUAUUUUAAAGUGUUUUGUGUCUUUUUGCAACCAUGUGCUUAAUGGAGUCUUGUGUCUGUCCUGGGAGAUAAUUGAAUUACUCUCCAGGAUAGAAGACUCUGAAACUGGUUUGGGCCAGAAAGCCAUGCUUCAUUUAGUCACAAAGGACUUUCCCUUAACUUUUGAACCCCUGGUCUGAUUCGUGCCAUUUUUUAAUAUGUUGUUGCCCUGAAUGGAUUGAUUAUGAAAAUGUAUGUUUUAUGUUUGUGACAUGUAUAUUUUAGAAGUUAUAAAUAUUGUGUAAAAACUGUAUUCCUCUGCGGUGAUAAUGAGAUUACCCAUUGUGUUCAGUAAUCAUAUCACAUGCAGAGGGGAGGAUUUUGUGUGGGAGUGUCUGGGUGUAUUGUACGGAUUGAUUGGUUGUUUUGUAACGCCCUGUGGGCUGUACUAUGUUUGUGGAUUGGGAAUAAAAGAGACUGUAUGUGACAGUACAGAGAGUUCCUGCUUAAACCUCAAAGUGAAGUGUCGUCUCAUUAUUGGGGGAAGGAUUUAUUGUAUGCUGUUCCAGUUUGACUGCUAGGAGAGUAAACCUAUUCGUAUGGUUCCUAUUCAACUGUCUCAUAUGCUUGGGAGAAUUUAUUUGUUUCUCCGGUUCGGUGAUUGUGGUGUCUGCCAGAGUGCUUGGAGUCCUCAGGAAGCGCUAGGAGCAUCCUUCAACGGAGGUACGCAGUCGGGGUGCCAGGUGAUCCGUUACAUUGGUGGCAAGCGGUGGGAUGGCGUCCUAGUGCGAGGUAAAGCAGCUCAGAGACACCGUUCGUGGAGUUACAAAUUGAGGGCAACGCUAGCACACGUGCAGCGCCCCUGGGAGCAGAGGUAUCCAGCGACUUGGAGCAGACAAGUAUGGAAGGCUCUGGCGAUGAUUGGAUGGCCGAGGUGAGGCAGCGAGUGGCCCAGUAUGGGGAUGAUUUACCCAUGGAGGUACGCCGGGUGAUCUGGAACCAGGUCACGGCCGAGCGAAACACAAGGCUGGCCCGAGAAUUCCGGCUGGCGAAAGAGAGAGAGUAUGCUCAGCGGAAGGAGUGUUACAGCAGCCGAGUAGAGGCUGCAUCCGAGGAGGCUAGCUGUCUCCCCCUGAGGCGGCCGCAGGAAUCCGAAGUAGGGGUCCUCAUAGACUGGUCCUGUGAGGAACCACAACAGGCAGGUGGAGAUGUGACUGUCCCAGAUCCCCAGCAGCAGCCGGAGUUGCCAGGUGCGGAAGCAGGUGGUCCUUACUCGCAAAUGUUGAGGGACCUCACAGACUGGUCCUGGGAAGACCCACAGAUGGCAGGUGGAGAUGGGACGGCGGUCUCUCUACCGACCCUACAGGGAUGCUGGGCGGUCGGCCCAGAUCUCCAGCGGCAGUAUGUAUCACAGGGAGCUGAAGGUGCUGUCCAUCCUACCCAGCGGCAGUGUGAGUCCCAGGGAGCCGAAGGGUUCGUCCUUCCUCCCCAGUGGCAGUGUGAGUUCCAGGGAGCCGAAGGUGCUGUCCUUCCUCCCCAGCGACAGUGUGAGUUCCAGGGAGCCAAAGGUGCUGUCCUUCCUCCCCAGCGGCAGUGUGAGUCCCAGGGAGCUGAAGGUGCGGUCCUUCCUCCCCAGCGGAAGUAUGUUUCCCAGGGAACGGAAGGUGCAGUCCUUCCUCCCCAGCGGCAGUGUGUCCUGCAGGAAGCGGAGACAGUCUGUCUUUCUCCCCAGCAGCAAGACAAAAUAUUGAAAGGAGAGACAGUUGGUCCCCCUCUCCACCAGCAAAGAGAGUGUCAGGGAGAGGAGCAGGUUACCCCCUCUCCCCAGCGGCAGUCUACAAUUCAGAGAGAGGAGCUUGUUACACCCUCUCUCCAGCGGCAGCCUAACCCACCAAGGGGAGAUGUUAAGCCUAUGCAGAUGGGACCUAUGCAGAUGGGACCGUAGUCUCUGCACUUGCAGCACCAGGGGUAAGGACAGUCGGUCCUGUCACCGAGCCACAGAGCAGUGUAUCCAGAGGGGAGACAGUCGGUCUCCCUCUCCCACAACCAGGCUCCAACCAGGCUACUUCAGUGGUAGCGCUGGCACCCGGGCAGAGUACCGCUGGUCUCUGCCCACUCAGCAACCCACCAAGGCAGUCUACCAACCCCCCGCACAGCCGUGGUGAGGCACCUGGACAUGGAAAAGUUGCUAUUUUAUCCAGGUGUAGUAACCAGUUAUUGUGGGUGGGCUGUAUUGCUGUUUGUGCUUCGUGGGUGGGUUGCUGGACUAACCAGGGCACUGACCGGCAGGAGGUCAGAUACCCUGUUAGUCUGGAUGGUAAAGGGGAGAAAUGUGGCGAAACCGGCCUCGCCACGUGUCCUUGGAGGGGGCUGCUUGCCCGCCUCUUGCCUUUGGACUAUGGACCAGACUUUAUGUGAAUGUGUUAACCCAGAUAGCUAUGCCAUGGAGCCCAUUCGUGUAGUUAAAGACUUCAGCUCCAUGGCAAUUGAACUGUGUGAAUAGGAUCUGAGCGCUAUUCGGUAGUUUUGUGCGCUCAGAUCCCAGCUAUCUGGGGAUAUGUGAAAUGUCUGUGUCUUAUGUGUAAAAGGUGACUUUAUGUAUUUUAAAGUGUUUUAUGUCUUUUUGCAACCAUGUGCUUAAUGGAGUCUUGUGUCUGUCCUGGGAGAUAAUUGAAUUACUCUCAAUUAUCUCCAGGAUAGAAGACUCCGAAACUGGUUUGGGCCGGAAAGCCAUGCUUCAUUUAGUCACAAAGUACUUUCCCUUAACUUUUGAACCCCUGGUCUGAUUCGUGCCAUUUUUUAAUAUGUUGUUCCCCUGAAUGGAUUGAUUAUGAAAAUGUAUGUUUUAUGUUUGUGACAUGUAUAUUUUAGAGGUUAUAAAUAUUGUGUAAAAACUGUAUUCCUCUGCCAGAGAUAAUGAGAUUACCCAUUGUGUUCAGUAAUCAUAUCACAUGAAGAGGGGAGGAUUUUGUGUGGGAGUGUCUGGGUGUAUUGUAUGGGUUGAUUAGUUGUUUUGUAACGCCCUGUGAGCUGUACUAUGUUUGUGGAUUGGGAAUAAAAGAGACAGUACAGAGAGUUCCUGCUUAACCCUCAAAGUGAAGUGUCGUCUCAUUAUUGGGGGAUGGAUUUAUUGUAUGCUGUUCCAGUUUGACUGCUAGAAGAGUAAACCUAUUCGUAUGGUUCCUAUUCAACUGUCUACAGCAUUCAUAUGCUUGGGAGAAUUUAUUUGUUUCUCCAGUUCGGUGAUUGUGGUGUCUGCCAGAGUGCUUGGAGUCCUCAGGAAGCGCUAGGAGCAUCCUUCAACGGAGGUACCCAGUCGGGGUGCCAGGUGAUCCGUUACAACAUGUAUUCCACAUUAUUGCAUAAUGUGUGUUUUAUGAAUGGUGUCAACAAAAAUGUUGGUUUAAAAAAAACCAGAAAAAUACUUUAUUCACAUCAUAAAAUUCACAACUCAGAGAACAACUGGCAGUCAGUGAAAACCAAUUAGGCAACAUUGAAUAGCAAGAUAUUUGUUACAUAACAUGAGCAGUGCAUGGGCGCUAAAUGCAAAAACUGACCUCAAGUGUUGUACUGUUUGAAACCUGGAAAAUUGCACUGUAUUAUUUGUCACCGGUGAUAAAGUAUAAUUUAAAGGUAGUUACAAACUGGGUUACUGUGCAUGGUGACAUCAUUAUGAAGGGUAAUGUCAGGGACAAUUUUAAAGAACCACUAUUGUGCCACGAAAACAUACUCGAGGUUAAACUUACCUCUUUCUCCAGCACCAGGCGGGGAGCUCCCAUCCUCCUCUCCGGCUGAAUGCGCAUGCGCGGCAGGAGCGGCGCGCGCAUUUAGCCAGUCCAUAGGAAAGCAUUCACAAUACUUUCCUAUAGACGCUGGCCUCUUCUCACUGUGAAAAUCACAGUGAGAAGCACGCAAGCGCCUCUAGCGGCUGUCAGUGAGACAGCCACUAGAGGCUGGAUUAACCCUAACAUAAACAUAGCAUAUAGCUGUUUCUACCAACAAAGGGCGCUAUACAGGCUCUAUAGCUAAAUACACUUAAUUGGUAACAAGCAUCAGUAGGACAGGUGAACACACAAAACAAUUAACAAUAUCAAACACAUUAUAAACACCCUGCACCUAUAAUGGGCACAAGUUGACUUAGACAUUGGAGCAAUUUUACUUUAUUUUUUAAAUUGUAAUGUGGCCACUGGCUUGUAUUUCCAAGAUUUUAAACAUAUAUGAUUUAAGAAAACAUUUUUUUAUAGAUAUUAAAUGCAGUAAUUCAGCUUUUGUAAUUAUUACACUUGUGGACAAAUCCCUUUCAGCUGCACUGAAUGAAUCAAUACCUGUCAGUCUGUCUUCCACCUCCGGCAGGUCCUCUCACAGCCCUGGCUGUCAGAGCGUUGCCUUCAAUGCAGCACAAUGUCGGGGCUCACGAGAGAGGUAGAGGACUUGCCGGAGGUGGUAGCUGGAGUUUCCUAGGCCCACCUUUUCACUAUUCAAGCAAGCAAGCUGGUAGCUUGUGUUGUGCCAACAGACCACCAGUUACAGGCAUGCAUGCACUCACGCAUGCUGAUAGGCACACACUCAGUUAAAGGCAAGUAGUCACACAUACAGGCACAGGCACACACAACGGCACAGCUACAGCGUCACACUCAGGCAGACAAUCACACACACACACACACAGGCAGACAGUCACACACACACAGACAGACACACACACACACAGGCAGGCAGUCACACACACACACACACGCAGUCACACACACAGGCAGCCAGUCACACAGGCAGAAAGUCACACACACACACACACAGUCACACACAAACACGGGGAGGUAGUCACACAGACAAUCACACACACACACACACACACACAGGAAGGCAGACAGUCACACAGACAGACAGGCACACACACACAGGCAGUCACACAUACAGGCAAACAGUCACACACAGUCAGUCAAACACACAGGCAGGCAGACAGUCACACACACACAGGUAGGCAGUCACACAGACAGACAGUCACACAGGCAGGCAGGCAGUCACACAGACAGUCACACACAAGCAGGCACAGACACGCACAGGCAGGCAGUCACACAGACAGACACUCACACACACAGGCAGACAGUCACACACACAGAGGCAGGCAGUCACACAAACAAACAGACAAGCAGGCAGUCCCACAAACAGGCCAACAGUCACACACAGGCAGGCAGUCACACACACACACAGACUUACCUCUUUCCAUUAUGGCUGGCAGGGGGAGUGGAUGCAGUUCCUGUGCAGCAGUUACCAGGGGGCUUCUGGUACUUAGUAGCUCCGCCUCACGAUAAGACCCGCCCUGCCGCUCUUUAAGCUAAGCCCCCACUGCCUCAAUUAUUUAUUUUUUUUAUAGACCCGAGUGGAGAAUAAUUAAUCCUCCACCCGGGUACCUAUUUUAGCUCCCCUGACACCGGCCAUGUGUGAGCUGUGGUGGCCACAGGGCGCCCUCUGGUCUAUGGCGCCCUGUGCGGCCGCAGAGCUCGCACACCCCUAAGGCCGGCCCUGCUCGGGUCACAGGCCUUGAGCUGUGUAAGGUGCCCUAAAAUCUCUGAUGACAGUCCUGGCAUCAAGACGCACCUGAUAUACAGGAACUAGAGGGGAACUGUUCAAAUAAGUUCACAUUAGCGGUAUUAGUACCAACAUGAUAAGGUUUUAAAUAACGCCAUAGACCCCUUUGAUGUCUUAUGAUGUCUCGCCUUGUGAAUAUAACCAUUAUACACAGGGUUAUUCACUAAAAUAAGAAUUGAAAGUGAAUUUCAUUUUGAGGUCAGAGUAUCUGUACUGGAAGCUCCCUAACUGUAACCAGUUUACUUUCUUCAUGAGAAGACAUUGCAGUGUUCUUUAUUUGCAGGGUUCGUGCUGGAGGAGAUCACAGACUGCUGUUUUGGUGACGAGGGGACAAAUGUUACAUUUAAUUAUCAACUGAACUUUAACCGUCAGCCCAUAGUGGUGUUCUCCAAGGAUGACAGGAUGUUUUUACCAUCGGAAAACUGCAUCCUUCAGCUGAGGAGAGUGGCAGAUGAUAUCUGUCUCACACUCAACCAUGGUAAAAAAGACAUGGUGAAAUAUAUAGAAGAGAAGGAGAGAAAGUGUGGGAAGGAAGUGGCAAAAUAUUGGGGAAGCACCGUGCAAAGAACUGGUAAGCAAUAUGAAAUGUAACUACAAUGAAUACAUAGUGAAUUAUCUAUCCAUCCAUCUAUUAUCAUCUAUCUAUCUAUCUAUAACACUCUCUUUCUCUCCAUCCAUCUGUCUGUCUGUCUAUCUACCUCUCUUUCUCUCCAUCCAUCUGUCCAUUGUAUUAGUAUUACAGUACCCAUUAGAGCAGGGCUAGGCAACUUUCAGCACCUCAGACGGUGUGGACUACAUCUCCCAUAAUGCUCUUACAGCCACAACACUGGUAGUCCACAAGAUCUGUAGUGAUGAAGUUGCCUACCCCUGCACUAUGGGGAAUGACCUGAAAACAUCUCUUUAUUAAUCAUUUUGUGCCAAUGCUACUUCAUGGGGUGGCUAUUACACAGGCCAAAAAGCUGAUUUCUGAGCCAACAUUUUCUAUGAUAAAAAAAAACAACCUGCAUGUUAGUAAGUCUAUUAGUAAGUCAUAGUUCACCUAGUGCUUUAAAUGUCUCUUUAAUAAUUUUACGAAACCCUUAUAUAUACACAUCAAAAAGAUUCUAAUGAAUGGUGAGGUAAGUGGGAACUGCAAUUAAAAGGACAUCAUAGGCACCAAAAACCACAACAGCUUAAUGUAUAGAUUCUAGGGCAUAUAGCCUGCACUGCAUGCUAAUUAGCAGUGUAAAUGCUGCCUUUUCUGAGAAAAGGUUGUAUUUAUACUGCUACCUUAACCUACCACAAGUAGCUGUCACUCUGAUAGCCACAAAAGAGACUUCCUGCAAUGAUGCUGAUUGGCACAGUGUGGUGAUAUGUUGCCCAUGCACACUAGCCUCUCACUGCUUUCCUCAUCAGAAUUGGUUGAAAUUAUCAGGAUUGAUGAUCACUGCUGGGGAGGCAGGGCUGCUGUGACAAAAAAUAAAAGCAAAUCUCUUUAUUUAGGGGAGGGGGUGGGGGGGAUGGCAGGAAUUUAAAUCAUUCCUAACACAAUAUAGUGUUAGAAAUACAUGCUAUAGUGUUCCUUUACAGAGGUACAUAGUUAGAUAGUUCUUGCUGUUGAUCCAUAACCAGGUGAAAAACCCAGUUUUAAGCGCUUCCAAUUUUGCAACAGAAUUAAAAAAUCCUUCUUGAUCCCAGAAUGACAGUCAGAUCUCUCCUUGGAUCAAGAAGCUAUUACCCCACUAAUUAAAAUGAUAUCUAUAAAUGCCAUAUUUUUGUAGGAAUGUUAUCCAAUUGUGUUUAAACAUCUGUACAGAUUAAAUUUCUGCACAGACUCAGCUUGAUAUUAAAAGACUACUGUCUUCAUAUUUUUACUUAUCUUGUGUUUUAAAAGUUAUUACACUUAAAGAAAUGUAAUAUAUUUUUCAAAAAUAACAUUAAUGUAUAUUUAGAAAACAUACAUGUGAAAAAAAUCUUUACGUUUCAUUUUAAAAAAAAAACAAGAAGUGAAAACUUGAUGACCGUUGUCUCUUAAGCUCUAAGUUCUGAGGAAGCUGGGGUGUUUACACUUCCCAUUGGCAGCAGUAUGAAUUGGUGUGUCCAAAACACAUAUUGUGUUUGUAUCUACCUUUUUAGGGCAUACUGUGCAAUAACUAGUAAGCACCAAGUCAUAUAACCAAACCCAUUCACUUUAGUAUCCGCUUAGCACAGAUAUUAAUAAGGAUGCAAAUUCACACCUUCUCCAAAUUUCAAAUGGGUUUGAAUAAAGUCACGUGUCGCUGCUCUUAAUUCAAAAGAAGGACAAAAAAAACACACUGAAACACACUAUAUACGUUUAAAAGAAAAUAACUUGUCAUUGACUUAUAAGGAGCCAGUAAAGACAAACUAGAGAGAAAUUAAGGGAGAAAGAAAGAGCAAAUUAAUUGACUUAACAUCACCGUAUGACUUGUUUUGGUUUUGUCCCACUGUUUUUGUCUCUAGUACAGUUUUCCCACCAUCUUCUUCUCUGUGUUUGUCUACAGCCAAGCCCUCCAUGAAAGUUUUUAUCCCUGACACAUUUCGUGGCCAGGCCUCACACACGCUUGUAUGCCAAGUUUGGGGGUUUUAUCCCAGUGAUAUUAUUGUGAGCUGGCUGAAAAAUGAUGUUACUGUAAGUAACUUGUCAAUGGCUCUCCCAAAUGGGGACUGGACAUACCAGACCAAGGCUGAACUAAAUCUGAUAGAUUCCUUGCCUGAUGAUGAAUACAAAUGUGUCGUGCAGCAUCCCAGCCUGGAAAAUAAGAUGACAAUAACUUGGAGUAAGUGUAAAAUAUACAUAUACAUUGAUUAAUUUAACAUCUUGCUAAGCCAUAUUAACAUUAUAAACAUUAUAAACAUUGCGUGCCCCAAACAGUCCUAUUGUGCUUUUUUGACUUUUCCACCUGCAUGAUUCUUAUGUUGUGUGGUUUCUUAGUGAUGACUUGUAAUGUAACAUUUUAUUAAAGCCUUUUCCUUAUCUUAUCAGCUUCGCAAACUUCUAGAAACUUAUAGCUUCUCUCAUGAACUUACAGCAAGGUAGCACUGUCUUCAAAGCCCAUUGGUUGGUGUAUAUUAGAUUGGAGGACGCUGAUCAGUCACGCCCCUCCAUCCCUCUAUCUCCCAACAGAGUAGAGAAGGAGAUGGAACCUCCUUCAGCACAGGAGUGGUUUUCUUGAACAGAUUAGGCCCUUGAUUUAACAAAGCUUGAGAGGAAAGGCCUGGGUGAUUGGUUCCUUAAAGGAUUGGAAGACAAAUCUAGGCGCCCAUUUAAUGAAAAUGAUCGUGUAAAAACGAGAUCAAGGUUGAAGGCAGCAAAUUAACUCCCAGUGAUAUAGUUUUUAAUGGGAUUUUGAUAUAAUACUUCCAGGUGCCGCAAUUAUUCCUGUGGGACACUGGGAAGUAUGACUGAUACUCAGCCAAGAUUGUGUUAGUGGUUGUUUUUAUUCUAUUGUCUGUAGCGACAAUACAAGGUUACAUGCUGUUAUACAAUCUGGGCAACUUGAAUGUUUUGUGUAAAACAUGCCUUUUCUGGUUCAAUUAUUGUUGCUACUUGCCUUUUAUUUUUCAUAUAAUUCUGUAUCUUUUUCAGAUGUCUAAUGUUUGUAUAUCUUUUUUUUUUUUCUCUAGAACAGGGAUUCACCUCAACUCAGAUUGUUAAAAUCUGUAUUUCUUCAGUAAUAUUUGCUUUAGGAUCAAUAUCUGCCAUAACAGGACUUUUAUACUGGACAUUUUUCAAGCAAAGUGGUAAGACAACAGUAUAUAUAGAUAUAUCUCAAUAUGCACAGUAGUUUGCCUUGGACUGUAGAAUUGGUAUUACGGUUGUCAAAGAAUGUCCAGUCCAGACCCAGCGGUCACAUAAAAACAUAAAGUAACAGAAAAACCUAAUGAAAUAACUCAGAUAUAUUAUCUCUUUAAUUUCAUAUAGUAAAUAUAAAGUCUAUAACUACAGCUAUUAUGUACAUAAAAUGAGGCAGAGAAAGACAUAUCUGUACCACGGGUAUUCCCUGCUGCUGAAUUCUUAUGACUUGGGGCUCUGGUUAAAACUGCACCCCUUGCAACCUCCAUUGUGUUACCACUGAUUGUAGAAUACACCCCUAUAAGUUUAGUUCGUAGAUAUAUUGCAGUAUUUGUGUGAAUCAACAUGUUUUUCAGUACAUUCUUCUCUUUACCUGUAGGUUACAUUCCAAUCCAAGGAUACAAUGAUGUGGACUAACAUUACUUCAGGUAGGAGUUAACAGAGCUUAACUAGUGAUUCUUACUAGCAGGAAAUGUGAUCUGAGUCUGAGGAGGUAGCAGGGUAUUCUAGAAAAUCAUGCAAAUCCAUUUGCUUGUAUCUUUUAUCAUUGUUCAAUGAUCUCUCUAAGCACCAAAUCAUCUUCCUCUUAAUAAAGCAGGUUUGGUGCAAAAACCCGGUCCAUGCAGUCUGGCAUUAAAUAAAACACUGCUAUUUCAGAGAAAUUGCAAUAUUUACAGUUUGCCAAGAAUAUGCCUCUUGUGGAUGUCAGGCAAACAGACACGAGACAGACACGAGAAGCAUGUCCUUGUUGAAUAUUCUCAAUUCAGUGCUUCGCUGUUUCGGCGUUACCAGUUAUGCAAGUCACGCAUGCUUCCUAUAGGCCUGCCCACCCACCAUCCCUAUUUCAUAUCUCACAUUGUUGACAUGCUUUGUAAUAAAACUAAUACCUGCCUACAAGGUUGCUGUCGGAACACUGCCAGAGAAUGAUAUUUAAAAACAAACUCCAGCAAUGCUAUGCUUCCAUCAAGUUCAGCCUUUCUCACAUGUGUUUUUGCUGUUGAUCCAAAAGAAGGCAAAAAAACCCAGUCUGAAGCGCUUCCAAUUUUGCAACAAACUAGGAAAAAAUUCCUUCUUGGCACCAAAAUAGCAGUCAGAUGUCUCCUUGGAUUUAGCAGCCAUUACCCCACUAAUUAGAAAUUAUAUCCCUGUAUGUUAUGUUUUUGCAAGUAUUUAUCCAAUUGCAGUUUAAACAUCUGUAUGGACUUUGAUAAAACCACCUCUUCAGGCAGAGAAUUCCAUAUCCUUAUUGCUCUUACUGUAAAAAUACAGUUUAGACCACCCAGGUGCAGUGUAUAUAAAUAAUAAAAAAGACAAUUACUUCCUUUUUAGUUUGGUAUAACAAAGGAUUCCUCUCAAUCCUCAAUACAUAUGGAAAAAUAGGAUAUACCUAAACCUAUAAAAUAAAGAAAAAAAAGCUCAUAGGAAAAUAAAGUAAAUUGACAAAUGGCCCCUUUUUCAAUGUCACACUGACCAAAUUGGAGUUAUUUUUAGGCUCAUCAAUUUAUUGUAGGUUCUCAUGGCUUCCUCAUAGUUAAGAUGAUGAAUGUUGCAUGCAAAAAAUAAAAAACAGCAUAGUAUAGAACUGUCAUAAAAUGUGAAUCAGUUUUAAUGGUUACACUUACAGUAUAAAAGAUGUAACAAGGCCCAUCAAUACAGUUCUGUGUAUCCCUUCAAUUUGGAGUAAGAUGAUCUUCACAGAAAUAUUAGGCAGAGAAAACAAAAUAAACAAAAUAAACAAUAAAAUAUGUCUCUACGCGUUUUGUCUGAACCGUCAGACUUCCUCAGGAGUAAAAAGUCAAAUGAAAUGCUUCGGAUCUUUUGGGAGCUACAGCUGUCUUUUAAAAGUCCCUCCCGCCGGCUUCUCAUUCUAUUCCUCCAAUCCGCUGUCUUCAAUUAACUCAGCUCCGGUUGUUCAUCGUCUGUUUCCUGAUAUGGAGUUUCGGGGAGGGCAUCCGUGGAACACCUAUGGGUUCCACCAAUCCGGAAAUGCUCUCACUUCCUCAUUUAGACAGGCUCUGCGGUAGUUCUAUAUGUAGCUGGAACGCACAUGCGUUCCACUUCGUCCCUGUACGAUCCUCAUUUGCACUUUAAAAAUCUUCACCCUCCAAAUAUUAUAUUUACAUUGUAAAAUAAAUAUUUGGGUUAUUACAAGAAUGAUGUUUGUUUUAUAUUUUAUGUUUAAAAAAUGUAAGCACAAAAGAAAAUGACUAUAUAUUUAUAGCAGUCCUGUAAUUAUAUAGGUUGUUUUAAGACUAUGAUUAAUGACUAAUAUGUUGCAAUUUUAUUUUAAUGUUUGGGAUGAUUUGAUCUGCAUGAGGAUCGUACAGGGACGAAGUGGAACGCGUGUGCGUUCCAGCUACAUAUAGAACUACUGCAGAGCCUGCCUAAAUGAGGAAGUGAGAGCAUUUCCGGAUUGGUGGAACGCAUAUGCGUUCCACGGAUGCCCUCCCCGGAACUCCAUAUAAGGAAAAAGAGGAUGAACAACCGGAGCUGAGUUAAUUGAAGACAGCGGAUUGGAGGAAUAGAAUGAGAAGCCGGCGGGAGGGACUUUUAAAAGACAGCUGUAGCUCCCAAAAGAUCCGAAGCAUUUCAUUUGACUUUUUACUCCUGAGGAAGUCUGACGGUUCAGACAAAACGCGUAGAGACAUAUUUUAUUGUUUAUUUUGUUUAUUUUGUUUUCUCUGCCUAAUAUUUCUGUGAAGAUCAUCUUACUCCAAAUUGAAGGGAUACACAGAACUGUAUUGAUGGGCCUUGUUACAUCUUUUAUACUGUAAGUGUAACCAUUAAAACUGAUUCACAGCUGUUUUUUAUUUUUUGCAUGCAACAUUCAUCAUCUUAACUAUGAGGAAGCCGUGAGAACCUACAAUAAAUUGAUGAGCCUGAAAAUUACUCCAAUUUUGUGAGUGUGACAUUGAAAUAAGGGGCCAUUUGUGAAUUUACGUUAUUUUCCUAUGAGCUUUUUUUCUUUAUUAUAUAGGUUUAGGUAUAUCCUAUUUUUCCAUAUCUCACUGUAAAAAAACUUUUCUUUGCCUUAGAUGAAAUCUCCUUUCUUCCAGCCUAAAUGUGUGACCGUGUGUCCUAUGUGUAGCCCUGUUUAUGAAUAGAUUUCCAGAUAAUGGUUUGUACUGACCCCAAAUAUAUUUGUAUAAUGUUAUCAUAUCCCUUCUGAGGUGCCGUUUUUCCAAACUAAAAAGAUUAAACAUUUUUAACCUUUCUUCAUAACUAAAAUGCUCCAUUUCUUUUAUCAAUUUUGUAGCGCGUCUCUGCACUUUUUUUAGUGUCAUGAUAUCUUUCUUUAGAACAGGUGCCCAAAAUUGCACAGGAUAUUCAAGGUGUGGUCUUUCUAAAGAGGCAAAAUUAUAUUUUCAUCCCGAGAAUUUAGGCCCCUAUUUAUACAUGACAAAACCUUACUGGCCUUAGCAACUCCUGAUUGACAUUGCAUAUUGCUGCCUAAUUUUUUGUCUAUAGCAAUUCCCAAAUCCUUCUCGUGUGUGGUUAUCCCUAAUUCACUACCAUUUAGGAAGUAAGUUGCUUGUCCAUUCUUUCCCCCGAACUGCAUAACUUUGCAUUUUUCUACAUUAAAUUUCAUCUGGUAUUUGAGUGCCCAGUCCCCCAAUCUAUCUAAAUCCCUCUGCAGCAAAGUAAUAUCCUGCUCACAUUUUAUUACUUUACAAAGUUUUGUGUCAUCUGCAAACACUAAAACGUGGCUUUCAAUGCCUAUUGCAAGAUCAUUUAUAAAUAUGUUAAAUAGAAGCGGUCCCAAAACAGAACCCUGAGGGACACCACUUACCACUUUCGUCCAGUUUGAAAAUUUACCAUUAAUGACAACUCAUUGUGCUCUAUCCUUAAGCCAAUGUUCUACCCACGAACAAGAAUAUUCAUCUAGACCAAUUUAUUUUAAUUUGAACACUAACCUAUCGUGAGGAACCGUAUCAAAUGCCUUGGCUAAAUCCAAGUAGAUCACAUCCACUGCAACACCCUGAUCUAUACUUCUACUUACUUCUUCGUAGAAUGCAAUUAUGUUAGUUUGACAUGACCUAUGUUUUAUAAAACCAGGUUGAUUAUUGCUAAUAACAAAGUUCUUCCCAAUUAAUUUCGGAAUAUUAUCCCUUAAUAGCCAUUCAAAUAUUUUUCCAGUAACAGAAGGUAAGCUCACAGGUCUAUAAUUUCCAGGCAAUGAUUUUGAACCCUUUUUAAAUAUAGGAACUGCAUCUGCCUUCCUCCAAUAACAACAUAACAAUUGCAUUUGAUAGAUUUUGGCCUCUCUUUGCUUUUGAUUAUAUUCAAAUAAAAAAAGGUUCUGCAGCUUUGUGCAGCACGACACUGUACCUUUAAAGACACUCCCUCUUUUCACAAAGCAACUUCCUUAUUAGAAACUUUGAGUAUGUAUUCAAGAACUGAGCUACUGACAUCACCUGCUGUGCAGCAAAUCACUUUCCUUUUAUUAUUCACCUUAGCACCACUUUGAAAUACUAUACAGAUAAUAAGUGGACAAUAAAUGCACACCUCCCAACUGUCCCUGUUUAGGUGGGACAGUCCCUAUUUUGGACCCAAUCCCUCUGUCCCUCUUUUCUGUCCAAAUGUCCUUCUUUUCUAGGUGUUCCAUAUUGUUGGUGUGUCUGAGAUUAUAACAAAGCUCCACAGCUAUACAGUAAUGUGUCUUUAAACUACAUCAAAACCAAAAUAAAGAAUAAAUCAGUCUGUAUAAAUAAGAUACAUUGUUCUCGUUCUAAAUUACAUUUUAGUUACAUAAAAUGUUAUUAGCAAGUCACCUACUGUCUCAAAACAGCCCUGCCCCUGGCCACAUCUCCACUCACACCCCUAAAAUUAAAGUGCACAUCUUUGUCCAUUUAAAUGUUGAGAGGUGUUGUGAAUGGUGGUGAAGGCAGACUCAAGUAAGCAGUUCACCUCACACUGCUCUGUCAUUGGCUGAGCUGAGUAUGCACUCAGAACACAUCAAACAGUGCAGGGUUAUGCUGAAAAAAAACCCUCCAAAACCUAUUUUUUUUUUUUUUUUUAAAAGCACAGCUACAGAGAUUUAAACAUUACAUGAUCAAAACCUAUCAAAUACACUUAAAUUAUGCUGGCUCUCAAAGUGUUCCUUUAACUAUGUGAAAAGAGAUAUGGAGUAAUUUAAAGGACCACUAUAAUGCCAGGAAAACAAACCCAUUUUCCUGGCACUAUAGGGUCUUUAGGUUCCCCCCACACCCUCACAGUCCCCCUUCUGCUGGGUUAUAGACGGGUUAAAACCCUUUUAGCCACUUACCUGUCUCCAGCGCCGGGCUCCGUCGGCGCUGGGGAACUGUCCUCCUCCUGCCGACAUCAGCGCCGAAUGCGCAUGCGCGUCAAGAGCUGCAGCGCACAUUCUAACCGCCCAUAGGAAAGCAUUACUCAAUGCGUCUUCUCACUGUGAUUUUCACAGUGAGAAGCGCGGAAGCGCCUCUGGUAGCUGUCAGUGAGACAGCCACUAGAGGCUGGAUUAACCCUAAUGUAUACAUAGCAGUUUCUCUGAAACUGCUAUGUUUACAGCUGCAGGGUUAAAACUAGAGGGACCUGGCACCCAGACCACUUCAUUCAGCUGAAGUGGUCUGGGUGCCUAUAGUGGUCCUUUAAGGUUAUUUUGUGCUCAAUAACUAAAGCAGGUCUUCUAUGUAUCUUUUAAAUAUGACAUUACAAGCAUAUCUCUGUAUUCUGCAGGUCACUAUGGAAUCCCCAAUCUCUGGAUGAAGAUAUCUCUGUAUUCUGCAGGUCAAUAUGGAAUCCCUAAUCACUGGAUGAAGAUAUCUCUGUAUUCUGAAGGACACUAUGGAAUCCCCAAUCACUGGAUGAAGAUAUCUCUGUAUUCUACCGGACACUAUGGAAUCCCCAAUCACUGGAUGAAGAUAUCUCUGUAUUCUGCAGGACACUAUGGAAUCCCCAAUCACUGGAUGCAUAUAUCUCUGGAUGCUAAACACGUCCCUCUGACGCCACAAAAAUGAAUAAAAAAAUACACUCAUAGGCAAAUCAUGCUCAGGCCACAUAGCUUGUCUCUCACGUAUAUGGAUUUUCUCUGUGUUUUGCUGUAGUUGUGAUCAGGUGUGAGUAGGCUCACCAUCUUUUGCGGAAAGAGCUCCAGGAUAUUUCUGAAUGGGCUAUAGCUAGAGGGGAGUGUCUGUGCGUGAGGACUUUAGAAAUGGUUUUCCAAUGGCUGGCAAAGUGUCGAAUUUAGUUAUUUUUAGGUGCAAUAAAGCUCAGUAUGAUACGGUGAUUUUUAAAAAAUUUUUUUUUACUAGAAAAGACCUAAUAAAGUCGGUUUUUGAUUGUUGCCAUGCAUGUGUAGGCUUUAUUAAUUUACAAUGAUACAGUACUUUGAUACUAUUGUAUCUUCAAACUCUGGCUGCUUAUUCCAUUUUUGUUCCUCUCCCCUUCUCUUGUUUGCCCUCCUGUUUCUCUUUCCCAUUGUUAAUCCCAAUUACUAUCCCUAAUCCUAAAUACUGCCCUUACUUAAUGUAUUCCUCUAAAUGCCCAGCUUAACCUUAAAUACUGUCCUUCAUCCUAACAACUGCCCUUAAAUUCUAUACUAAAUGCGCUUCACCCUAAAUUGUAUCCAAUUUUCUAACUUUACAUAACCUCCCCUCUGCAUCUAUUCCUACAGAGAAAUAAUGUCCUUAAAAGAACACUAUAAGCACAAAGCUUUGGCUUGUUGAAGUGCUUUAUGUGUAUAGAGUGUGCUUUAUUUUUUUCAGUUUAUAUUGAAGUUAAUGUUGAGGUUUUUUUGCCUCUGUUAGCUCCUCUAAGCUAAUGGACACAGCAGGUGUGCUUGGUUACAGUGUUCCUCAUAAUACCUCUCACUGAAAUUUACUACAGCUCAUUGAAAAGUGUGAAUGAAAAGCUGCGCACACACGUCGUCUUUUUAGGGUACAGAAAAUGGGAAGGGCUUGCAAUAGCUGCAGACACUAGAUCUGCAGCUAUUGGUAGCAGGUAUUUUAUGUACCCCCAAAGAAUAAUGCAAAAGAAAUACAGC